AUGAUUAAAAAAAUCCAUUGUGGCUCUGCGAUACUACUUACCAUCCUCAUCGGAGCAGCCUCCAAUGGAAUAUUUGACUUAAGUGAUGUAAAAAACAAAAUUCUCCAGUGGAAAACACAAAAAAUUUCAGCUCUGUGUCCAACAAACGGGGUGAAACUACAGAAUUUACUUAACCUUGCGUGCAGUACUGCACAACCUACGAAUGUGACGUUGCGUGACGCCUGUAUAGCAUGUUUUUCUAGAGUUACAUCUAUGCCAGAGAUAACACAAUGUACAAGGGAGGCAAGAACCGGCGUUAAUAUUACACUUGAUAGUGAUAACGUUCGUUUUUACACCAAUGUAACAUCUUGUAUCCUUGCAAAAACUAGAUGUGGUACAUUUAAUCCUAUAACCGGAGAACCACAAGCACCAGGUUACACAUCUUCUGGCUUUAGAGUUAGUAAUGCUCUUCAAUUUUCUAACACUGGGGAACUCCGAAUUCUAGCGUUUUCCGCUAAUACACCAGUCUCUUCCUCAUUUUGUGCAUCAACAACUAAUUUAACUCAAACAAAUUGGUUGACUAAUGUAUGU